AUGAUGAUUCGGGAAAAUUAUUUAACUCUUACGAAUCCAGCCAAUAGCAAUCCUUUUUCUUCCUCUUCGUCCAUUGUAUUGAUCUCUGUAAAUAGUAGCAACUCCAAUUCCGAAAAUCAAAAUUCAAUGACACCUCCGUCAUCUUCUUGUUUGAAAACAACUCAUCAACAGGAACCUUCAUUUGUGCCAUCCAUGAAUACAUCUUCCUCUUUGUCAUCCAAUAGUAAUGAAGAUAUCUCAGUUUCCUCAUCGGAGGAUCAAACCACUUUUCAUCCUAUUUCUUGCAACCGAUGUCGACGUUUGCAUAAAGGUUGUGAUAAAAAACUUCCUUCUUGUACAAAAUGUCUCACUCGGGGGGUUACUUGCGAGUACAGUAACCCUCAACGAAAGGGAAGAAAUUCAUGGAAACCUAAAAUCCACGGCUCAGAUGCAACAUUCAGCUCAAGUCACUUAGUGGAACCAGCCAUAGGACUCCCAUAUCCUGGAGCAAUUCAACACCCAACAACAGAGAAACAUCUCGAUAAGCGAAAAGUUCUUGAUAUUUAUUACACUCUAAAUUCUGAGCGCCUAAUUGAAAGGCAAGAUCUUGAGAGGUACCUUUCCAAUCGAACAAGUUCAAGGUCAACAAAAGAUUCUGAGGAGGAUCUUGAAAAUGCGUCUGAGUUCAUUGUUGACAAUAAGAAGGAGGUUUUUGCCAUGUUUUUGGCCAUGAAGGCUUACUAUGAACAACAAAUGGGUAUGGAAGGAGCUGAAGAAACCAUUAAAAAAGCUCAUGAAGCGCUCUCCAAGAUUUUUGACAAACAUUCGAAUUUUUACGUGGCAUGUGCUUAUGCAUUUAUGGCUGGAUAUGAAUCCGCAUGUGGACGAGUCAAAAACGCGAAAUUUUAUUUGCAUUUUCUUAAUUUUUACUUUGAUGAGAUGUCUGAAGAGGAGAAACAAAAUCUUACAAUUUAUCAUAAAAAUUUGAAAAAACACCAACAAUUCAUCACACUAGGAUGUAAAAACGAUUCAAGUAUCAUGACACUGAUACGAGAUUGGGUGGAAGUUUAUGAAACAUUUUUAGGACUUUCGUUUCCUACUGUUUGGAAAAGUCUUGUCACACAACAUUUAAACAUCAAUAACUAUAUGUUGAUCAUUAAGAUUAUUGAGACCAUGGAACAAAUAGGAAGAAUUCAUUUAAGCAAAACACGUGAUGAAACGCUGCUCAAAAUAUUUGAUGAUGCUGCCACUUUUGUUGUCAAUGGAAUUAAAAUUGGAAUUUUGAGUGCUGUUGGAUGCGGAAGAGAUAUGAUCGAGGAAAGCGCAAUCACGAUUACCAAGGCAACACAAUCAAAUUUCUUUCAUUUGCUACCUCCUUUUAUUGUGCCUCAUCUUGUUGCGGCAACUAAAGUUCACAUGCACAUUGUUAAGUCCAUCGAACGUGGUGAAAGAAAACAUUUUGAUGCGGUGAAUUCUCCAAAUAACGUCAAUUCCACAUUAGAAUCAGUUGAUUAUUAUGAUGUUUUGUCAAAGGAUUUGAGAGGAUUAAGAAUGUUAGGGAAAAGAUUUAAGAAGGUUCUACUCCAAAACAAGAAACUAUUGGACGAAGUGGAGGAAAUUCUUCAAAGAAAACAGUUAUUUUCCACGCUAACAUUACCUACUCAUGUUCUUACUGGCACAUCCGCUCAAUUAUUACAACACAAUCAUCACAAUCAUCAGCCACAAAUGCUGGCGUCCAAUACAUCCAUCGAACCUCCCACUCCUGUAAAUUACAGCAACAUUGACAACAACGAUUCUCCACCCAAUAUGGACUUCUCUGCUUUAGGAAAUAUGAAUUCAGCAAAAGAUUUUUUCAAAUUUAUUUCUAACCAAGCUCAGCAACUUAAUUUUCAUUUCACUCCUCAGCAUCAACAGAUUCAAAACGAAACCACAACGACAAAUUAUCAAGAUUUGUUGAAUGGAAUUUUUCAAUCAUCUUCCACCACACCAAAUCUAUUCAACAACAUUCCUGAAAAUCAAACAACGGACUUAUUUGAACCAUUCCUUGAUUUGGAAGACAUUCAACAGUUAUAUAGCACUAACUACCAUGAUACCGAUAGUUUAACUGAUUAUUCAUCCUAUUUGAAUAACAACUAG